AUGGGUCAUUUAAAUAUUCAAUUCCAACCAGAUGCACCGAUGUAUGAUUGGGUGGAUGAAAAUUUGACAGGCACUUCUUCAACUUUGAGCAUUGGGGCCACCCCGCUUGAUGCUGACAUUAUGGUUGGAAAAUUUUCAGAGUGGUUGGUCCUUUCGGUACCAGAUGAGAAUAGGAUAUGUAGCUCUUUUGACAUCUUCAUGAGCUUGUUCUAUAGCGUGGACAAAGUAAGCAAGAUGCAUAUGUUCUACCGCCUUGCAUACGCUAAAGUUUUGACAGUGGAGGAACAAUUGUUGCCUCUAUCUUCAAACAUGAGGACUUGGGAUGAGGAACAACCAUCUCCUCGGGGAAAGGCUUCUCUGAAACAAACUCGUUUUACUAAGGACGAUGAUUUCAGGGAGGUGAGUCCUUUCAUAAAGAUACUAGAUAUUUUCUCUUCUUAG